AUGUGCAGGUCGAUGGACGCGACAGAGCUGUACCACAGCACGCAGGACCUCUCAGCGUCGGAGGACAGCAGCGGUGGCGGCAUGACGACCAGCGUGCUGGUGCCCGGCGCCUCCGCCAGGAGGAGAACUCGCACCGCCACGCAGGACCUCACCAGGUCUCCGCCUACGCCACCCUCCCCCGCAGCCGAGGACGCCCCUCAGGGACCAUCAAAAGGACCGCCUCGAAGAAGAGGACGGUCUGAGACCGCCAGACCUAGACCUAAGUCCAUGAUCAAUACGGGGGAGGUGCGGGCGGCCUACAUGUCCGCCGGGGAGGCUGGGCGGCGGCCGCGUCUUCACACGCUCUCCGGCGGCCGACCGGCGGCCAUCGUCGCCAAGCCUGCCGCUCUGGAUAUUCCAGCAACUGGGGAAUAUCGUUUUAUUUGA